AUGGCACAGAUCCAGAACCCAGCGAUACCCCAGGGCUCCCUCGUGCUCGUCACGGCCGCCAACGGUUAUAUUGGCAGCCACGUAGCCGACCAGCUGCUCGCCUCGGGCUUCAAAGUGCGCGGGACGGUUAGAGAUGUGCAGAAGAGUAGCUGGCUCGCCAAGCUCCUCGACUCCAAGUACGGCAGCGGCAAGUUCGAGCUCGUGGCCGUGGAAGAGAUGACUGCGGAGGGGGCAUUUGACGAGGCCGUCAAGGGCGUCUCCGGCGUCAUCCACCUCGCCUCCGUCCUAACCUUCUCCCCCGACCCCAAUGCCGUGAUCCCGCCGACCAUCGCCGGCACCCUCAGCAUCCUGAAGUCGACGGCCAAAGAGCCCGCCAUCAAGCGCUUCGUCUAUACGUCCUCGGCCACCGCCGUGCUGCUGCCGAAGCCGAACACGGAGCUCACGGUCGGCCAAGAGACAUUCAACUACGAGGCCAUCGAGGCCGCCUGGGCGCCGCCGCCAUACACGGCUGAGAGAGCCUGGGCUGUGUAUGCUGCGAGCAAGGCGCAGGCGGAGCAGGAGGUGUGGAAGUGGGCGAGGGACAACAAAGAAGUGGUCGUUAAUACUGUGCUGCCGAACGCCAACUUCGGCAAGCUGCUCAGCCCUGAGCACCAGCAACAUCGGUCCACGACGGGCGUGGUGACGGCGAUGUUUAACGGCGAUGCCUCGUUUGCGGCCAUGUUCCCGCCUCAGUAUUAUGUCAACGUGCAAGACACCGCAAUCUUGCAUGUUGCGGCCUUGCUUCGAUCGGAUGUAGCUAACGAGCGCAUCUAUGCGUACGCGGCGCCGUUCAGCUUCAACGACGCUCUUGCUGUGCUCAGGAAGGCGUAUCCGCAGAGGAAGUUUCCGGAUGAUAUCCCGGAUGUGGGCAAGGACUUGACUAAGGUCCCCAGGGAGAGAGCGGAGCAGUUGCUGAAGGAUACGGGAAGGCCUGGGUGGGCGUCGUUUGAGCAGAGUAUCAAAGAGAGUGUGGAGGACUUGGUUUAA